UCUCAAUUCCAACUGUCAAAGUCAAAUAAAAAAAUUGGUACCUCUCGGCUGAAAGAAAAUUGGAUUACAUAGUUUUUAAAUAAUAAAGAAAUUAGGGCACCAAGUACAAAAUAUGAAUUUUAGUAGUGUUGCAAAUUUUGGUAAAUACAUUUGGAAGACACAGGAUAUUCCUGGCUUUGGAUUUCAACAACUUAGAAAUAAAUGGGCAAAUCGUUGGAUGAUCCGUGAUGUUAAACGACGUCGUUUAUGUGCCGAACACUUUUUAGAACGGACAAGAAUUAAUGCUUUGAGAAAGAAUACCAUUCUACCUGUGGAAGUUAGGGAAAUAGCAGAUAAAGAAAUAAAUAAGUUCGAGUUGAAUGCUACUCCUCUAAGGAUCAACAACAGAUGUGCUGUUACCUCAAGGCCUCGUGGAGUUGUAAAAGAAUGGAGAUUGAGUCGUAUUGUGUGGAGACACCUCGCUGACUACAACAAAUUAUCUGGUGUCCAGAGAGCCAUGUGGGGUUAAUUUUAUUAGAAUAUAAUAAUAUCAUAGAUGUAACUAGUUAAAAAUAUAUCAUAGAUUAAA